AAAAGUAGUGCUGGCCAAUUAAGUUGUGCAGUAUUAUUAUUUCCUUGUUGAUUCAGUUGGUUUUCAAUUCUGAGUACUCUUUCGUUGUCUGUUCUGUUUAUUCUCAAUGCUGUUUUCUCUGUUCUUUGUUUCUCUGCUCUUUUUUCCUUUUUCAACAUAAAUUUAUGUGUAUCCCGGCCGUAGGACGAGACUUCACUUGUUUCUCUUCCACUUGUUUCAACUUAAACGCGAAUAAGUUUUUCAGUGCUAUUCUGAUUAGUGUGUGCACUGAAAACUGAUCAGUGAGCGAGUUUGUAAGUCGUUGCUAGGCAUUUUCAUCUGUGGACAGCAGAGAGCGCGCUUUCAUCGAUCUUGAUUCAUUUCUCACGCUGCUGCUCUUUUCAUUUCUUUUUUUUUGCUCUGAGAUCGACGAGAAGUGAAAAAUGCCACUUUUUGGAAGCAAGAAAACCGAUAAGAAAAGUGGAAUGAAUGAAGCACCAAGCUAUCCGAAGCAAAGUGCCGUUCCACCUCCUCCGCAAGUUGCCCACUAUCCGAUGCCAACAUAUCCACAAGGUCCGCUUGUUCAACAAAACGAGUUCUACUUCACCUCCGCUGGCCAACAACUCCAAUCGGUUCCAACUACUACAGUCGCAUUUGCAAGAACCGAUCUGCCUGGGGCUUACGACAACUUCUGUGAGGGAUUCCUCGACGGACCAGACUUCUCAAACCGAGUCCCAGACAGGAACAUUCCCCCUGCUCCAGGAUCGUAUUACUUCUACUCGCAUGGCAACAGCUCAACCCCGUCGUUCGCCCCUCCCUACUGUGCUCCACCACCAGGUCCAUCUUCAUCUGCUCCACCAACACUCCCGACGUCUUCAGGCAACCUGCCGCCACCUCCAACCUACGAACAGGUUCUCUCGCAGGAAGUGAAAGAAAAACUAUGAUAAUUUCGCUGAAGAUUUUUCAACAUUUUCAACACUGUAUUCCCUUUGCAUCUGUGAUUGCUGUUUGCAUACUAAAUCAUAAUUAUUCUGCGAUUUCAUUUUUUGUGCUCUUAAUUUAGUCAUUUUACCUGAACGAUAUUUUGAUCAAACCACAUUUAUGCAUUUAUUUUCUCCCAAGACUACAAAUAAGCCACGAUGUAGUCUUCCUGAAGGGCAAAGUGCAAAAAACGAAUGCUAUCUGCGUCUCCCCGGUUUCUGUACUAUCUCAAUAACGUUUCGUUAUCUUCUCUUUCUCGGAGAGUAGUCCAGCAAUCUCUGUGUUCAUUGGCUGUUAUUUGUGGCGAACCCUCACAGCAACGACGUGGUCGGACACACAAACAUUUUCUUCACUUAUUUUUUUAUCUUCCUUUUGUUGUUGAUAUCUUCGUAAACAUUCGUUCCCACUAUCGAUCU